CCCCCCCCCCCCCCUCUCUUCCUAUCUGGCUCCCCCGAGCAGUCAGACUCUUCCUGGAACCUGCGAGGGGGUUUUGCACCCUUUUAAAAAAAAAAUGUUUUUAUAGCAGCUCGCAAGUGCUAUGCAACUUUGAACACUACACGUAGUCAUUUCAUUCUUUGUCGGGUUACUAAUCAUUUCGCCAUAGAGAAAGAAAAUACAGAUUAUAACUUUUAAUAGAAAAUAAUUUAUUUGUGUGCAUUCAUAUCUUUUGUAUUUCCUUGUCAUGUUUUCAAUCUCUUUCAGUUCAACUAAAUUGCCAUCUUUUUCUAUUAAUGUUUAAUUUGAAAUCAAAAGUUCUGAUUUCUAUGAAACAUUCCAUUAUGCACUUAAUAUCUCGGGUAGAGGAGCAAAAAUAACUCAUUAAUGGGUUUAUGUUAAUGUUCCAUUUUCUCUAUUUAUUUCCGUCGGUGGGUGAAAUUAUCGCCCAUAUAUUUGAGCUAUUGGCUCAUUAAAAACUACAACAGAAUUAGUUUCCUGUAGAGAAUGGACACCUGCAGUGAAGAAAUGUUACUGAUUUAGUGAGGGAAUUUGGGUUUUUUGCUCACCAAUGUUUUAAAUGAUGGUUAAAUAGCCACAGAGAGUGUUGGAGUGUUCAUCAGAAACGGAUGUUCAGGAAAAAACGACUCACAUUUCUGCAGGAACACUCUUCCUCUCAACGCGCUUCUAGCUGUUUCUUCUGGAGAGACUUCUCUCCAGUUGCUGUUUCUGGUGGAGAUCAACGCUCACAAACCAUCGGCUGAAGGAAUGAAACGUUAUGUUAGCGCCUGUGGUUUGAGUGAUGACUCUCUCCCACGUUGGGAACAUUUGGACUUUGGUUAAAUUUACAGUAAAGUUUUAUACAUGUAAGCACUCGGACUGCAUUGAUUUAAAGCUUGAAGGAGAGAAGGCAAAGAAAAGGAGAGCGUGAUGGGGUUUAUUCCCCCUCAUUCAUCCGUCGACUUCUUUCUCUCUGACUGAGGGGAAAAAAGAUGAGCUUGUGUUUUGUGUGCGUGUGGAUGAGAUGUUUCCCUACACAAUAAGAAGGGAUGAAGUUGAGAGGAAUAAAAACAAAGUGGUCACAUUGAAUUAUUUCUCUUUCAGUAUGUUCUCUUUACAUUGACUGAAACCUUGAUUGCACAGAAAUUAAAUAUAUUUUUUGAGGAACGUAUUAGUUUAACAUUGAAUCAAGGUGUUUUCCAGCUAUUCAGCAGUAAUUCUAAUACCAGUCUUUGUACAUGUAGUUACACAUUUAACAGCAUACACAUUAUGAUUCUCCCCAAUCAGGACAUAUGGAAGAAAGGAAGUGUAUAAGCAGUAAAUACAAGCUAUAAAUAUGGCGGCAUGGUAUGGUGCGGAUUCCUCACUAUGAAAUGGGUUUAUGUCCUUGCUAAACGUCCUGGUGGACAUAAACCCGUCGGGAUUAACCUCCCAUCAGCCACAUGUCUAUUCUCACAUUUUAUCCCACUAAUAGUUUAAUUGAAGAGGGAAAGCUAAGCUCUUCCAGCAUAUCCAAACAAAGUGCUUUGGAUAAUCUUGUGUUACUUGAGGCUUUUUGCGCUCACAGAUCUCUGCACGACGUUAUAAGUGAUGCAAAUAAACUCCAACUGGGUUUGUCCUUGCAGACGACCUUUGAAGAACCUCCCUAUCAACGUUAUUCACAGCUCUGAGAUCAGCUUCCGCUGCGCUCAGCUAAAUAUUUACUCUGAAUGCAGGUCGUCGUGUCCAUAAACAUGGUGACCUCCGAGCGGUUCUGUCUCAAUCUGAGGACUCUUCUUUCCGCUCUGUUGAUGAGGCCCAAACGCUAACAACGGCUUCCAGAGCCGGCCUUAUUUGGAGCUUCCUAUAGAGCGGUGAAUAUUGAUGCUCCGAAUUCUGGACUGAGCUGAAACAGGAGAUACUAUUUAGCCCUGGAGUCCAUUAUUCAACUGCAGGCUGCAACCUUGAGCCCUAUCAAGCUGUAUUUGGUCAAAACGGCACCAUUAAAAGAAUGCUGAAUCAUCGAUAAGCAGUUUCGUGCGGAUUAAUGUACAGACGGCUGGGUUGCUUUUAUGAGUUACCAUUCUGAGUAUGGGAGCUUGUUCCGCAAGUCCUUGGUGGAUUUGUGCAGGUUUAUUUUACGACUACAAUAUCCUCAGGAAGUGACUCCAAAAAAAACUCUGUUCCAUGUAAAUCUGUGCAGAUCUGACAGGACUGACUUUGAGGGGAAGUCUGAAUGUUGACAAAAAAUAUAUAUAUAUAUAUAUAACAUUGGAAGCCUCUCGCUCUCCCUGCUGCUCACACACACAGACACACACGUUCGGUGAUCAGACCAUGUGCUUCGUCCUGUCAGCGGUGUGUUUGCCGAGGUCACAAAGUCUCGUCUGGUUCUCAAGUUUCCCAGCCGCCUCGCCUGCAGUCACACAUACAUAUCACCAUGGCAACAGCUGUCAUGUAUUGCCCCGUGGCAACAUCAGCCUGUGCAUAUGGAUUACAAUUUCAGCAGUUAAGCACGAGAAGUUCUUAAAGUUGCUAUAAACAUUAGUCUCUUUUUCAUGUUUAAGUUGCCACGGCUUUGUUUUAUUGGGUAAUAUACUCGACGUUUAGUGUCAGACGUAUUGAGUGAGAAAUAUGUUGCUGAUGUUAUGAUUUAUUUUCAUUUAUCUCCCCUAAAAUGUAACUUGCUCAUAAAAUAUUGGGUGGAUAUGUACAUCUUAAACAGGUGCAUGCAAUAUAUGAAAACAAAUAUCUAUCCUAGCAUUUACAUGAAUUAAUAAUACAAGAAUUGAACAGGAGGUUUUGCACAUUGAAUUGUGAAACAUAAGAUGACAUUUUUCCUGUGUGAAAGUGAUCUGCAGUUGAUUUAAUCUAUAGCUAUGCUCGCAUUAAGUUUAGUUUCAAUGUAUCGCUCUCACACCACUGUGUCUUCUAGAGUUCCACACAAAUCACAUUUUUCAUUAACCCCGGGGAAAUCAUUUCUCUUCACACACACACACACACACACGAGGCACACUUCUUGACGAUGAUAAACAUGUUGGAAGUGAUUUUUCCAUCUGCCUUUCCUUCCCUCCACCAUCUGCCGUCGCCAUCAACUCUGGGAGCUUCGGCUCUGUUUACGUUAGGAGAAACCGAAGCAUGCUUCUCCUCCUGCGUCCUCCUCCGGCCUCCUCCUCUUCCUCCUCCUCCUUCAUCUCCGUGCUGCAGAGAAAUCCCUUCAUCCAGAUCAGAGCGAUCUCAACCUGUGAAGUGGGAGAGCGGAAAAACAUUGAAGAGCAACGAGUGGCGCGUGUUACAACACGCGCAAUGUGCUGCUGUCACUUGAGCACAUGGACGCUGAUGGAUGGAAGAGACCUUUCAGACCUCCGAGUGAAUACAGGAGGAUCCAGAGGAGAGACGGAUGUGUGUCUGUCCAGUGGAAGAGUGGCGCCAUCCGCAGCCUUUCAACGGCACUUUGUUCCAGCCGAUGUCUGACUUCUACUGCACACCUGUCUCUGUGCCACUGACAAACAUCAGGACAGCUGUGGGCAAAUUUUAGUGGACCUCCAAUACUUCCGAUGUGCUUUAUAUGCUUUUGGUUCGCUGCACCAUCUAGCGGCCGAUCAGAGCAACGGCUGCAAUGUUUUUCAGAAUAGAGAGUAUUUUUCUGUGAUGUAUUUUCACAAUUAGAGCAGCGUACACCUAUCGCCCGUGUAAAGGUUUAGUAGUUUGCUCUGCUAGCGCCGUUAGCUGUGAGUCUCCAGCACGCCGCCGACAUCUUGAGAGCCGUCGAGAGGCAAUCGAAAUGCUUCAAAUCUCAGGGGCCGCACCUUCACGCGCACGCUGAAAAACCCACAGAAUGAACAUUAAAUAAGGUAGAGACAGAAGAGAAAAAGCCCGGAAGUGAAAAAUACGUGACAGAGGAAGAAUUAGCGAAUUAGCUCAGGUGCACACGGUUUACGGCCUACAGGUGAUGAGAAGUGCAACAUCAUGGUGCGUGCGAUUGUGAUGUUGUGGUUUGUUUAUGGCUCACUAAGUCACGUUGUCUGUGUGUUUAGUGUGUGCGUUUGUGUGUGUCUGUGUGUGUGCAUACUGGUUGGACCCAAGGUCCAACAAGCUGCAUGUACAUGUCUGUAACUGAUUUAAUCAGCCAUCCAUGGGUUCAAAUUAACCCGCUGAAGAAUAACAGAAGACGGGAUGGAGACUCCUUUUGGAUUCGUUGGAUAUAAAUGUGUGUCUCGUGUGUGUUGUACAACUUAACUUGUUGAUACAUUUAACUUUUGCACUUACUAAAACAACUGACAUUUACUAAUGAAUAGAAUGACAAGGUAUUCAAAUAAAAGAUCUGUUGGGACUGGGACUGAUGCAUUUACUCCCCUUCCCAGUAUUUAUGCACUCCAGAAAUAUCAAAAAUUACAAUAACAUCCUCCUCCUUUGUGAGUGUCCCCGCCUCCACCCGGGCGGUGUUCACGGAGCUGUGGGCGGAGGAUCCCGCUCAUCGACUGAGGACUCUGCAGGUGUCCAACCAGUGUGGGACAGAGUUCAGCACGAACUGUCCUCCGCAGAGACACCGCAGCAGACGGCAGGAUCUAGGAGAGCUUUUUUUAAGGCUACCUCGGUCAACCCAGUGAUAAUGCACCGACAUUUUGCAUGACACUACGACUUCUUCCUGCUGACCACUUUUUAAUGUAGACAUGACAAAAGUGCAGAUCACUGUACAUCAGGAUUUGGUAGCUGAGCUGAAUACCCCUGUUUGACAGCAAAAAGCAGAUUCAAAAUAGUAUCUGCGAACUUGAAUUAGUCGUGCUACAUAUCAAGACCUUGCACCUGGACAAAACACGGCGAGCCUUCAAAGUAACGCUGACGCUUGUUAUUUCUGAGCUGUCAAAGAGCUGCGAAAGGGCUCAAACAUGGCUUCCACUGGCACCAUGGAAGUGGUGGACAUCACCGUCGUAGUGAUCUACUUCAUCCUGGUGCUGGCCAUCGGUUUGUUCGCCAUGCGCAGGGCCAACGAGGGCACGGUGAGCGGCUACUUCCUGGCCGGCCGCUCCAUGAACUGGGCGGCUGUGGGAGCGUCUCUGUUCGUCAGCAACAUAGGAAGCGAGCAUUUCAUUGGACUCGCUGGAUCCGGUGCAGCCUGCGGCUUCAGCGUGGCUGCCUGGGAGUUGAACGCGCUGCUUCUGCUCCAGGUGCUAGGCUGGGUAUUUAUCCCCGUGUACAUUCAGUGCCGAGUCAGCACCAUGCCGGAGUACCUGUCCAAACGGUUCGGCGGGAACCGGCUAAAGGUGUAUUUCGCGGCGUUGUCCCUCAUCCUGUACGUCUUCACCAAGUUGUCCGUAGACCUCUACGCCGGGGCCUUGUUCAUUCAGGAAUCCCUCGGUUGGAACCUCUACCUGUCCAUCAUCCUCCUCAUCAGCAUGACGGCUUUGCUGACGGUCACCGGGGGCCUGGUCGCUGUCAUCUACACGGACACGGUGCAGGCGUUCAUCAUGAUCGCCGGAGCACUCUGCCUCACAGGCAUCGGCCUCUUCAAAGUGGGAGGACUCGAAGGGGUGAGGACCAAAUACAUGCAAGCUUCUCCAAACAUCACCGCCAUCUUGCUGUCUUCACCCAACCUGACGUAUUCUGAAUCCUGCCACUUCCACCCGAAGCCAGAUGCUCUGAAGGUGCUCCGCGGCCCGACGGAUCCAGACCUGCCUUGGCCCGGUUUCCUACUGGGCCAGACUCCUGCCUCAAUUUGGUACUGGUGCACGGAUCAAGUGAUCGUUCAGCGUGUUUUGGCAGCAAAGAACAUCGCCCAUGCCAAAGGUUCCACCAUCAUGGCUGGCUUCCUGAAAAUCCUCCCCAUGUUCAUCAUCGUCAUCCCAGGGAUGAUUUCCAGGAUCCUCUUUGCUGACGAGUUGGCGUGCAUCAGCCCAGAGCACUGCCUCCAGGUGUGCGGCUCCGCCAGCGGCUGCAGCAACUUGGCCUACCCGCGGCUCGUCAUGUCGCUGAUGCCCGUCGGCCUCCGCGGCCUGAUGAUGGCCGUCAUAAUCGCAGCGCUGAUGAGCGACUUGGACUCCAUCUUCAACUCCGCCAGCACCAUAUUCACGUUGGACAUUUACACGAUGCUGCGAAAGCAGGCGUCCUCCAGGGAGCUGGUGAUGGUCGGCAGGUUGUUUGUGGUUUUCAUGGUGAUCGCCAGCAUCGCCUGGGUGCCCGUCAUCAUCGAGAUGCAGGGAGGCCAGAUGUUCUACUACAUCCAAGAGGCUCCUUUUUGUCCGAGAAGUGGCCCACGCUGUUACCGUAACUCUAAACGUAUGAUCCAGGGGACUAUCGGGAGCCAAGUCAACAGCACAGAGGACCUGCCCGUGCCUUCUGGAGACAAGUGUGAACGUUUGGUGGUGGUAGUUAUUAACAUUCACCCACAAAUUGGGAAAACAAUGGGGAAAAUGUGCUGUAGCACAUCACAAAUAGGGAAUGUGGGGCUUUGGGCGAGGCGGCAUCGGGGGAAUAAUGACAUUGUCUGUGAUCAGAUGAACAAUCAAUCAGAUCAAUGGACUAUCCUUUUGAUUUUGGUAUACACAGAGUGUAUCGUUACGAUAGUAUGACACGUUAUAAACACUUGUGAGAUUACUGUCAGUAACACCACAUCUCUUUGCCAUUACUUACGAUUCAUUGGGAAUAUUUUGGAAAUUGCAAUAAGAUGCAUUUUUAUGAUAAGAUGCUGAACAAGAGAAAAUAACUAAAUAGGAUUGGAAAGAACACAUUGGUCAUGUUAUGUGAAGCGUACUUCAAAUGCUCAAGUAAAAAGGCACCACAACAUGCCCCCACAAAACCCUGUCAGUCAAGGUGGCAUCAACAGCCUCUCCCACAGUGGAAAGUUACAAACCUGAAGUGCAAAGUUACGGAGAAGACAAAUACCGCGAAUGUGUUUUUUUUUCUUUUUUUCUUUGUCUUCUCCAGGUUUAUAAUCACGCAGGUGAGGCAGAGCUGCAGAGGUGUGCUGCUCUCUGGGAAAUGCCCCUUUCGUUAUGCAUUUAUGAUCAGCAAAAAAUGCUAAAUAAACAAAAGUACAAAAGUAA